ACAAGUGACCUCCAGCUUCAGACCAACCGCAGCUCUGGUUCCGAAAAAGUUGUUCUCUUCUACAAGGAUUCAACCACUGACUAGUCAUUUAAAAACCUUAAAGUCACCUCCUCGUCCUCUUCUUCACUCAACUCAUCCUUUCAUUGGGAUUCGAGUGGGAAAAAGAAGGAAUUAAUUUCAGAGAUGAUCUGCAUCCUCUUCCUCGUCCUUUGUGAGGUGUGAGAGGGAAGAAGCCGCCUGUUUUCAUUGUGACAGCAGAGGAUCAUUGGAGAGCAGACAGGUCAGUUUCUGGGGGGAAGUGAUGGCUGGAUGUUGUGCGUCGGCGGACGAUAAGGAGAACCAGAGGAUCAACGAGGAGAUCGAGAAGCAGCUGCGCAGAGACAAGAAGGACUCGCGCCGGGAGCUGAAGCUGCUGCUGUUAGGUACUGGAGAGAGUGGAAAGAGCACCUUCAUCAAACAGAUGAGGAUUAUACACGGAGGAGGAUUCACAGCUGAGGACAAGAAGAACUACAUCAAACUGGUCUACCAGAACAUCUACACGUCCAUGCAGACGAUGAUCCGAGCCAUGGAGACACUCCAUAUAUCCUUUGCUGAUCCCCAGAACAAGGGCCCUGCAAACGCCAUCCUGGAGUUGGAGGUGGAUAAGGUGGAGGAUUUGGGUGAAAGCAUGGCGACGGCCAUCAAGCACCUGUGGACCGAUAAAGGAAUACAGGAUUGCUACGACCGCCGCAGAGAGUACCAGCUGUCAGACUCCACCAAAUACUAUCUCACCGACCUGGAUCGAAUUUCUCAGCCGACCUAUAUGCCCGACCUUCAGGACAUCCUCAGAGUCCGAGUGCCGACCACAGGUAUCAUAGAAUACCCGUUUGACAUGGAGAAUGUCAUUUUCAGGAUGGUGGAUGUGGGGGGUCAGAGGUCAGAGCGGAGGAAGUGGAUCCACUGCUUUGAGAACGUCACCUCCAUCAUCUUCCUGGUGGCGCUCAGCGAGUACGACCAGGUCCUGGUGGAGUGUGACAACGAGAACCGUAUGGAGGAGAGCAAGGCCCUGUUCAAAACCAUCAUCACCUACCCGUGGUUCCAGCGCUCCUCCAUCAUACUUUUCCUGAACAAGACUGACAUCCUGAAGGAGAAGAUCAUUCACUCUAACUUAUGCACUUACUUCCCUGAAUUCACAGGACCUCAGAAGGAUCCUGGAGCAGCUCAGGAAUUCAUCCUGAAGAUGUACCAAGAACAAAACCCGGACAAGGACAAGACUCUGUACCCUCACUUCACCUGCGCCACAGACACAGAAAACAUCCGCUUCGUCUUCGUCGCCGUCAAAGACACCAUCCUCAGACACAACCUGAAGGAGUUCAACCUGGUGUAAAGAGGAGGAGGAGGAGGAGGAGGAGGAAGAAGAGGAGAGCAGCAGAGGAGACGAAGGGCUUCAGGAGGACAGAGACAUGACGAGAGGCUGAAUAAGAGAAAAUUACAUAAAACAAAAAGAUCAUCUAUUUAGGAUGAAAUAUUUUCAUUCAUUUUCAUUUUAAGAUUUUAUUUUCAUGUCCAAAUCCAGCCAAAGAGAAUAUGAACAUGUUGUAACAGAUAUAUCCAACCUUUACUGUAUAUCUGCUGUGAUAUGUUUCCUGAAGAAGUGAGAAUGUGAAAAUUAGUGGAAAGUUACAUCAUGACUUGUUACUUCUUAGAUUUAAUUUCUGUGUAGAGAAAGUGUGUUUUAAUUGAUAUAUAGUGAGAGCGUUAGUACAGUUCAGCCUUGAUCUAAAGCAACACUAUGCAGGUUUUUCGCCUCAUAAUAGCAGCUUCAAAAUAAGUUUGAUGGUUCACUGACUUAGAAAAGGGAGAAUGGUGACACUCACUCCCACUCCUCAUCCUAAAUGUCUGUUCUUGCUCUAUGUGGCAUGAGCGAGCGGCUCCGAUCUCCUGUGAGACUGAUUGUCGCAGCUUAAACGGUCAGAAUCAGGCCCAACAAGUUCAAGAGUAAUGAAAUGUUUAUAAGUUAAAAAAUAAUUAAAAGUCUUUAAAAAAUAUGCCUUAAUCUCUAAUAAUCAGCGAGGAAACUUUUGAGAGUUUGAAUCAUGGGUAAUAACAACUGUUCUGUUGUGUUUCCACUCAGCUCCAGUCGACAGAUUGAUAUGUUUGGUUUUUUCUCUUCACGAGAACACUUUUGGACAUUGAGCCCAACAGAAUGAAUCACGUGUGGCUGCAGGGGGCGCUCUUGCUCAGUAAAAAGUGACAUAGUGCUGCUUUAAUAUUGUGUCGAAAUAUUUUUUUCCUUAGGCCCGUGUUUGUUCUUUGGCUUAUUUACUCAAGAAAGUCACUGAGCUGAUCUUGUUUUAAAUGUAAAUAAUCGGAGUUGUGCUUUGAAAAAACUGUUUUGUCUCAGGAGAGAUAGAAAUUAUAUUUAUGUAGCGUAAUUUAAAACAAGCAAUUAUAUUUAUGUAAUAAAGCGUGCAACUUACAUGUUUGAGAUUUUCAGGGUACAUGCAAUAAAAGAUAGAGAGCUUUGAAGUUCAAAA